AACGGCGAACAUGUGUGGCAUAUCUACAAACUGUGCUCAGUUCUUUAUGGAUGCAGAUCCACCUGUUAUACUAAAACUUGGUGAAAUGGCUUCAGAAAUUGGCUACUACCACUUCGAAUGGCGAUUCGUUACACUUGUUAUGUUCAAUAUACAGACCUUGAUUGCAGUCGACGCAUUUCUGAGCAAAUACAAUCAAUCCGUUAUUUUGAAGCGAGGCAAAAAUUUACCAUCUCGACGAACGCAUAUACCACAAUACGUUUUGUUCGGAACACAGUCUUCUGAAAUAACAGAUAUGCUGAAAUGGCUAAGAGAAUCGAUGUACGAUACAUCUGGAAAAUUUAUUAUUGUUUGUGCUGCGAUUGAUUACGAAGAAUGUGAAGAAAAAGAAAUUUUCCACACGUUAUCUACUGAGCACAUUCCUAAUGUCGUAGUACUGAAAGCUCAGAACGAUGAUAGUCCACAAAUAUAUUCAUAUCGUUUUAUAGAACCCGAAAAAUGUGUUAACGAUAAUCCGUUUGAAAUAAAUUAUAACAACAGCGAAAACGGAAUGUAUUGGAAGUCACUGUUCAAAGAGCAACUAACAAAUUUUUACCAGUGUCCAUUAAUUGUAUCUACAUUUGAGCAGCCUCCUUUUAUGAUAUUAAACAAUUCCACUGAAAACGCUAGCGGAAUUGAUGGCGACGUAUUGACACUUUUAACGGAAAUAUUAAAUGCUACUUUAGUAAUAAAAUUACCUACGGGAGGUGAAAUAUGGGGUGCAUAUGAAGAUAACAACUGGACCGGUUCACUGGGAGAUAUUUACAAUUUCGAAGCCCAAGCUUCGAUGUGUUCUAUUCCACUUACUUCAGAUUUAUAUGGAAAUUUUCAGAUUUCUUUCACAUACAAUACGAUGGAUAUUGUGUGGACCGCUAAAUUACCUUUAUUAAAGCCAGCCUGGGAAAAACUAUUACAUCCUCUAAAAUUUUAUUCUAGACUUAUAUUAAUAUUGAUGUUUUUAAUUAUUGUUUUAUUAAACUCGUUCACUAAGACACGAUUCUGGAAAAAUAUUACGCAAGUAAUUAAUACUUCACCGUCUAAUGUUAAUUUACUAUUUUAUUCCUGGGUACUAUUUUUAGGGUUGCCAAUUUUAAGAAUGCCAUCGAAACGAAAUUUUGUUGUCUUCGUUUACAUUUGGAUUUGGUUUAGUUUUAUUAUUAGAUCUUGUUACCAAGCAGCACUUAAGGAUUCACUGAAACAUAAGUUAUACGAGAAGAAAUUUUCAAGUGUACAAGAUGUUUUGCGUGAUAAAUAUCCCUUCGGUGGUCUUGAAUCUUUAAGAGAAUAUUAUUCAGAAGACGAUGAUUUAUUUAGCAAUUGGAUUCCUUUAAACUUCUCUAAUACUUAUGAGAUGUUAGAUGAACUGUCGACUGGAACUUCAAACUUCGUGCUGGCGUUCAAUAAAGAAGUUAUAAUGGAAUAUUUAAAACAAUAUAACGGUUCACGAAAACUGCAAAUCAUACCAGAAAAGAUCGUGAACAGUCCUUCCGUGAUUUAUUUUACAAAGUACUCUGCGCUAACUGGGCCAGUUAAUAGAAUUUUGAAGAUACUUGUGGAAUGCGGUUUUAUACAGCGAGUGUACACGCGAAGCACAUACUUACAAAAUAAAUAUGAUCAAACAAAGAAUCAGUAUGAACCUAUGAAUGUUAAGUAUUUCGCAGGUACUAUUGGUUUGUUGAUUUUAGGCUGGGUCAUAUCUAUCAUAUUCUUUAUCGUUGAAGCUUACUGUGGACGACUUAAUGGCAAAUAAAAAUGUUUCA